AUGACGAACGGCAGCAUGCACGAAAUCAUUCCUCGGCUAUUCCUUGGAAGCAGUUCAGCAGGAGCGUCACUCGAGAAUCUUCAGCAAAGUCAAAUUACCCAUGUGGUGUCCUUGGGGAACUUUGAACCCAUUCACGACUCAAUCACCUACAAGAUCAUUCAUGUACUCGACGUUGAGGAAGAGAACUUGAUCCAAUACUUCAACGAGACCUUUGAGUUUAUUGACGAAGCACGAGCGGCAAAGCAACGGGUGCUUGUACAUUGUGAAGCAGGUGUAUCUCGCAGCACAACCAUUGUGGCAGCUUACAUGAUGCGCAAGGGCAAACUGGAUGUACAAAAGACGCUUGAUAUGAUUCGUGAUCGACGUGCCUUUGUUGCUCCCAACGAUGGAUUCCUUGAUCAAUUGGAGUUGUAUCAUACAUUGGAGUACGAUGUGGAUCCAAAGCACUCUGCCUAUCGACGUUUCUUAGUGGAUAGCAAUGCCAAAGAACAACAAGAAACCGGUUACAUUAGCAACUUGGCACUGACACCCGAUCCUGAAGUACACCGAUCGACAACAUCCCAGAAAUCAAUCCGAUGCAAGAAAUGCCGACGUAGACUAGUCGAGGUGGAGCACGUUCUAGAGCACGCCCCAGGCAAGGGUCAAUUGGCCUUUUCAUAUACCAAACGCAAUGGAGAGCUCAAUGUUACCAGUGCACCUACAGCAACCAUGACAACCAAUCAGCCACUCAAUCCCUUAUUGGCAUCACUGGCAGCCUCCCGAAUGCAAUGUUCAUCCUACUUUAUUGAGCCUAUGGAAUGGAUGGGGAAUUUGCUGGAUGGUGAAGUGGAAGGACGUAUUGAUUGCCCAAAAUGUAUGUCAAAGCUAGGACAAUACAAUUGGGCUGGUGCCCAGUGUUCUUGUGGACGAUGGAUCACGCCAGCUUUCAUGCUCCACCGGAAACAAGUGGAUGAGAUGAGGAAUCAAUUACCGACGACAUCAUCAAGCAGGCCUUGA